GCGAGGAAGAGUAGGAAGAGGAGGAGGAGGAGGAGAAGGGGGAGGAGGAGGACGAGAAGUAGGAGGAAGAGGAUGAGGAGGAGGAGGGAGGAGGACGAGGAGGAAAAGGCCAGAGCCGGCGAAGAAGAGGAGGAGGAGGAGAAAGAGGAGGAGGAGGAGGAGGAGGAGGAGGAGGAGGAGGGAGGAGUAGGGAUGAGGUGGCGGCAAAAGGGCGUUGCGCUGAUUCAAACCGGAAACGCUGGCGAGGAAGAGGAGGAAGAGGAGGAGGACGAGGAGAAGGGGGAGGAGGAGGAGGGGAAGGAGGAGGAAGAUGAGGAAGAGGAGGAGGAGGAGGAGGAGGAGGAGGAGGAGGAGGAGGAAGAGCAGGAGGAGGAGAGAGGAGGACUAGGAGGAAAAGGCCGAAGUCGACGAGGAAGCCGGCGAAGAAGAGGAGGAGGAGAAGGAGGAGAAAGAGGAGGAGGAGGAGGAGGAGGACUCUAAAGGAGGAGCAGGGAGGAGGAGGGAGGAGGAGGGAGGAGGUGGCGGCAAAAGGGCGGUAGUUGCUGUUUUUUUUUUUUUU